GCAGAGGGGCCGAGCGUGCUCUGCUGCCCCAUCGGCUCUCUGUUACACAGCCCAGCUGGGACACCAUUUUUCUCUCUGGGCCACAGGAGACACGAGAUGACCUUGCUCUGCAGUUCUGCACGCAUGGAUUGUUUGAUGGAAACUUUUCAACUCCCCGACGCCUCCUUUGUGAAGCAUCCAAGGCGGGAAUUUCCACUCUCCUCCCCCUUCCCGGCAGCCCGCAGUUCCCCUUCGGGGACCCAGCAGGCUCCAGUUCAACUCUGCCUUCCAGCCGUGAUCAUUUCAGCUGCAGGAGAGCAGCAGAUGGCCACAGCACAUGCAUCUCAGGAGCCCGUGAGCUUUGCGGAGGUGGCCGUGUAUUUCAGCAGGGAGGAGUGGGCGCUGCUGGACCCUGCGCAGCGAGCGCUGUACCGGGACGUGAUGCUGGAGACGUACCAGUGCGUGGCCUCGCUGGCUCCACUUCCAGCUCCCAAACCCGUGCUGAUCUCCCUGCUUGAAGGAGGGGAAGAGCCCUGGAUCCCAGAUGUGCGUAGCCCUGAGGCCGUGCCAGGAGACCUCAGCCCAGCAGGAACUGGGAUUGCAGAUAUGCUGGAGGACCUGGAGGAAAGUGGUGUGGCUGAAAGGCGGUGGGGUGGUGUUUGUGUGGAAGAAAUGAGAAGGGAUGUCCAAGGAGGCCUGGAGCAAGGUCAGGGUGAGCAGAUCAUGGAGCCACUGGGAAAGGGUCUGGGAAAGAUAGGAAGGAGCCCAUUGGACUUCAGCAUAGGUCAAAAGGAACCUGAAGAAGCCAGGAGCAAGAAUGUGUGCCAGAAGAAAAAGCAGAAUCCAUGCACUGAGUGUGGCUUUGAGGAAGAUUCCAGCAUCGUUAACCACCAGUGCAUGCGCUCAGCAAUGAGUCCAUACAAGUGCUCUGAUUGUGGGAAGAGCUUCCAAUGGAGAUCCCUCCUCAUUGUCCACCAGCGUGUCCAUACAGGAGAGAGACCCUACAGGUGCUCUGAGUGUGGGAAGAGCUUCAAAAGGAGAUUCCACCUCACUGCCCACCAACGCAUCCACACAGGGGAGAGACCCUACAAGUGCUCUGAGUGUGGGAAGAGCUUCACAAGCAGUUCCCACCUCACCUCCCACCAACGCAUCCACACAGGAGAGAGACCCUACAAGUGCUCUGAGUGUGGGAAGAGCUUCACAAGCAGUUCUGAAGUGAAAAAACAUGAGCGCUUUCACACGGGGGAGAGACCCUUCAAGUGCUCUGAGUGUGGGAAGACCUUCAAAUGGAGAUCCCACCUCAUCUCCCACCAAUGCAUCCAUACAGGAGAGAGACCCUACAAGUGCUCUGAGUGUGGGAAGAGCUUCACAAGCAGUUCCCACCUCACCUCCCACCAACGCAUCCAUACAGAUGAGAGACCCUACAGGUGCUCUGAGUGUGGGAAGAGCUUCAAAAAAAGUUGCAACCUCACGUACCACCAACGCAUCCACACAGGAGAGAGACCCUACAAGUGCUCUGAGUGUGGGAAGAGCUUCAAACGCAGUUCUGAAGUGAAGAAACAUGAGCGCUUUCACACGGGGGAGAGACCCUUCAAGUGCUCUGAGUGUGGGAAGAGCUUCAAAAGCAGUUCUCAUUUGAAGUGCCACCAACGCAUCCAUACAGGCGAGAGACCCUGUAAGUGUUCAGUGUGUGGGAAGUGCUUCAGAAGGAGUUGUGAAGUGAAGAACCACCAGCACAUCCACACAGGAGAGAGACCCUGUGAAGGUGCUGAGUGUGAGAAAAGCUUUAAAUGAAGAUCUAGUCUCAACACCCACAAGAACAUCUACAGUGCACACAGGCUGUAGAGGCAUCUCAAGAGUCUGGGAACCUUCAAAAGUAGUUCCAGCCCUGUUACCUACCAGCAGAGCCAUACAAGGAAUAGAGCCUGCAGGGCCCUGAACAGGGGAAGAGCUUCAGCCAGAGCCCCAGCCUGUUCACCAGCUGUGACUUUGUGUGGUGAUGAACCUUGCAAAUCCCUUGAGUAAAGGAACAGUUCUGCAGCCAGUCUGAAUCCUCUUUUCCUUCUUUGCGUGAGAAUUAUGCAUAUUGCUCUCCCUCAGCUGCAGUUGCUGUGUUGAGUGGCCAUACAGAGGAGACUCUGGAGUGGGAUGUGACCCAAAGGAAACCUCAGCUAGGCCAAUAUGUCACCAGGGAGGAAGAAAUCCUGUCUGCAGGGUGUGUGGGAAGAGCUUCAUCUGGAGCUUGACCCUCUGCAUACCCCGGAGUACUAACCCAUGAGGACUCCCUAUGAGUGUCCUUUCUGCAGAAAGAGGUCCUUCCACAGCUGGGAGCUCAUCACACACCAGUGGAUCCACGUGAGGAACCCUAGAAAUGUGCAGCCUGCAACAAGAGCUUUGGCCAAGCUUUAAGCUGCUGAGGUACUACAGUGUCUGCACUUGUGUGAGGUCCAAUCCGUGCCUGCACCACUGAGCUCACGUGGCAGGAAGCUUUAGAAAUGCCUCGAGUGUGAGAAGGGCUUUGUGCAGAGCUCCUCACAGGCCUUACAAGUUUUUCCAGUGCAUCACUGGCACCCUCUGCAGAAGGGACUUAACCCAGGAGCUUCAGAUGGCCUCUCCUUGCUACCCAAAGCCGUGUCCGGUUUUCUUUUCCGCUCUUCCUGCCAGCAGAUUUUUGAUGCCAUUUCCUAAGGAGAUGUGAAGGGAUGUUCUGUGUGCAUGUGUUGCUCUCAGUAAUUUGUGAGUGCACUGAUGAACCUGAGGGAAGGGUCAGGAGAGCAGUAACGUGGCUCUUGGAGGUUUUCUGAGAAUUGUCUGCAGUAGAAAGGGAAGGGGGUGAAUAAAGUAGCUGAGUUGUUCUGAAGUUUUCUUCACUGUGGUCUUGUUUUUUGUUCUGAAAAUAAAUGUCAGCAUGUGCAAUGAGGAGAGGGAAAGGUGCAAUCAGGAUUUGGUUCUGGUGCCUCCUCCAGCCCAGUGCUUGCUUCUGGGGAAGGCAUUUCUUUCACACAACCCUAUCUUCCUUCCUAGCCGUGCUGCACACUGGUUCUACUGCUCUUCCCAAAUGCUUUAAUCAGCUGGUCAGAGCAGCUGUGUGACACCAAGCCUUGUUUGCCUCCAAUAAAACCACAAAAAGCUGAGCUUGUUCUUCCUAAAUGCACCAUCCUAAUUGUCUGGAGGUGGAGGGAACUGAAGGCAGUGCAAACCCUCACGGUUCACUAGCAGCUCAUCCCCACAGCACAGAGAUACCAGAGUGCUCUCCAGUGCGUCCUUGCCUUGCAAGUGAUCCCUUUUGAGCCUGAAGGUUUUUCCUUUGACCUUGGGAAGUUGUGUCUGAGAUCUCCUGCAGCAGGGCCUUCACAUUUGCUGUGCUCUGGUAAAGCUGCUGUGCUUGGAAUGCAGUUGGCAGGAAGUGGAGUUGAUUUUGGUGAGCUACUGAAGCUCUUUUUCCAUUUUUUUUCCCCGGAAAAAAAGCAUUGUAAUGGCGAGUUUCCCACCAUGUUUUGUCCCACAUCAUGUUUAGUUGCAUUAAGAGUAAGAAAACUAAUCUGCCUGAGUACUUUCCUGUUUUCCCUCUGCUCUGGGGAAAUCCUUCUGAUUCCACAAUGGUUUGUUUUCCUUGUGGUGGUGGAAAAGGAGGGGGCCUUCCAUUCUCAGGAUGGAUGUUCACUUGGGAGGCUUUGUCUUGGUGAAUUCUAGUAGUUGCAUCCACCCCACAGAAAGCUGUGCCCUCUGUGUCAUAGGUCACCUCUGCACCCAUGGAAUCAACACAGGCACAGACAGAGCUCCCAAGGGAACAACCAGCCCCCCAGGUGCCCAUGUGCAAGGCUGUUAGGUGUUGCUGGUUUUUCACGUUGGUAUCCAAAGUUGGAGGCCCUGUGUGCUGCAGCAUCAUCAGCAUGAGUGAGAGGUGGUGGGAAUGGUCCUGUGACGGGUGUGCUGUGUGUGAUGGAUGGCUCUGGGCUCUGCAGGCUGGAGAUGCAGGCAGGUGAGAUGGGAUGGGGCUGCUGUAAGUACCGGUGUGCUGGAUGGACUCUGAGCAAGCAGGACACACUGCUGCUGGGGAGCAUGCUGUCUGGGUUGAUUACCAGGGCUUUAAACUAGAUCCAAAGGGGGAAGGGUGGGGAAUUCAUGUGACAGAGAAGGACUGAGGGAUGUUGUCACUGUUGGAUAUUGCAGGGAAAAACCUCUGAGCUCUUCUACAGGAUCGUGCAGGGACUCCUCAGAGAAGGUCAUAUUGCCAAUACCCCAUCCAAAAUCUUCUUGCACACUCUAGGGGUAACUGCACCUGCUGCUUCCCUACAGUGCCUGCAGACCAGUGUGCAUAGCGUGGGAAAUGAGCAGGAUGAGCUGGAGAUCUGUGUACACACCUUAGAAGUGAUUCUUUCUGCACAAGCUAACUCUUCAGCCCUUGCCUCCAGUGGUUGUGCUGUUUUGCCUGAGACACCCAGCUGGACUCUGUGAUCAGUCCGUGCUGCUGUGUCACAACUAGUGAGACUGCAGAACCAUCAACGUAAGGCAAUGCCAGGUGAGUGCGAGUCUGCAGCCUACAGGGAAAAAGAGAUGAGUGAAGGACUGCAUGCAACAGGCUCUGGUGGAGAUGGCCAACAUCACUGUCAAGGCUGAAGGGACCCGAAAGAAAACCGAGGUCUUUGUCCUCUAGGAUGUGGCAGCCGUGUCUGCUGCUGA